GGCCAUGGCCCCCGCGGCAGCGCCAGGCGCCUGAGCCCCGGGACGCGAGCACUGGAGGCAGGCGGCCGGCUGUUCGGGCGCAACGGAGAGGCCGACAGAAGGUGAGCGCUGUGGGCGAUGGGAUGGAUGAGGCAGAGCAGGACCAGCAUGAGGCUCGACUCAAGGAGCUGUUUGACAGUUUUGACACGACGGGCACCGGGUCCCUGGGACAGGAGGAACUCACCGACCUUUGCCACAUGUUGAGCUUGGAAGAGGUGGCCCCGGUGCUGCAAGAGACGCUGCUUCAGGACAACCUCCUGGGCAGGGUGCAUUUUGACCAAUUUAAAGAAGCAUUAAUACUUAUCUUGUCUAGAACUCUAUCAAAUGAAGAACACUUUCAAGAACCAGACUGCACUCUCGAAGCUCAGCCCAAAUAUGUUAGAGGUGGGAAGCGUUACGGACGAAGGUCCUUACCUGAGUUUCAAGGAUCCGUGGAGGAAUUUGCAGAGGUGACAGUGAUUGAGCCACUCAAUGAAGAAGCAAGGCCUUCACACAUCCCAUCCAGCGACCGCGGUGAGAACUGGAAGACGCAGCGCAGCGAGGAGUAUGAAGCAGAAGGCCAGUUAAGAUUUUGGAACCCAGAUGAUUUGAAUGCCUCACAAAGUGGGCCUUCCCCUCCCCAAGACUGGAUAGAAGAGAAACUGCAGGAGGUUUGUGAAGAUUUGGGGAUCACCCGUGAUGGUCACCUAAACCGGAAGAAGCUGAUCUCCAUCUGUGAGCAGUAUGGUUUGCAGAAUGUCGAUGGAGAGAUGCUUGAAGAAGUCUUCCAUAAUCUUGAUCCUGAUGGUACGAUGAGUGUAGAAGAUUUUUUCUACGGCUUGUUCAAAAAUGGAAAAUCCCUUACCCCAUCAGCAUCUACCCCAUAUAGACAAUUGAAAAGGCACCUCUCCAUGCAGUCUUUCGAUGAGAGUGGACGACGGACCACAACCCCGUCUGCGAUGACAAGUACCAUUGGCUUUCGGGUCUUCUCCUGCCUGGAUGAUGGGAUGGGCUACGCAUCAGUGGAGAGAAUACUUGACACCUGGCAUGAAGAGGGCAUUGAGAACAGCCAGGAGAUCCUGAAGGCCUUGGAUUUCAGCCUUGAUGGAAAUGUUAAUUUGACAGAACUGACGCUGGCUCUGGAAAAUGAACUUUUGGUUACCAAGAACAGCAUUCACCAGGCAGCUCUGGCCAGCUUUAAGGCUGAGAUCCGGCAUUUGCUGGAGCAAGUUGAUCAAGUGGUCAGAGAAAAAGAGAAGCUACGGUCAGAUCUGGAAAAAGCUGAGAAGCUCAAGUCUCUAAUGGCCUCAGAGGUGGACGAUCACCACGCAGCCAUAGAGCGGCGGAAUGAGUACAACCUCAGGAAACUGGAUGAAGAGUACAAGGAACGAAUAGCAGCCUUAAAGAAUGAGCUUCGAAAGGAGAGAGAACAGAUCCUACAACAGGUGGGCAAGCAGCGUUUGGAACUUGAGCAGGAAAUUGAAAAGGCAAAAACAGAAGAGAAUUACACCCGGGACCGCCUUGCCCUCUCUUUAAAGGAAAACAGUCGUCUAGAAAAUGAGCUUCUGGAAAAUGCAGAGAAGUUGGCAGAGUAUGAGAAUCUGACAAACAAACUUAAGCGAAAUUUGGAAAAUGUUUUGGCAGAAAAGUUUGGUGACCUUGAUCCCAGCAGUGCUGAAUUCUUUUUGCAAGAAGAAAGGCUGACACAGAUGAGAAAUGAAUAUGGGCAGCAGUGCAGGCUAUUACAAGACCAAGUAGAUGAACUCCAGUCUGAGCUGGAAGAAUAUCGUGCACAAGGCAAAGUGCUCAGACUUCCCUCGAAAAACUCACCAUCAGAAGAACUUGAUAUUAACAGUGGUUGCGUCGAGCCUGACCAGGGGCUUGGCUCUGAAGAAUGCAAUCCAUUGAAUAUGAGCAUCGAGGCGGAGCUGGUCAUCGAACAGAUGAAAGAACAACAUCACAGGGACUUGUGUUGCCUGAGACUGGAGCUUGAAGAUAAAGUGCAUCAUUAUGAAAAGCAGCUAGAUGAAACCAAGGUUGCCUGUAAAAAGGAGCAGGAGAAUGUGAAGCAAAAGUAUGAGAAUGAAGUGCACAUCUUGGAAGAACAAAUAAGUGACCUUAAAAAUGAAAUUGCAGAACUUCAGGGCCAGACAGUGGUACUCAAGGAGGUACAACACACGGCUAUCUGCAGACAUGAGGAGGAGAAAAAACAACUGGAAAUGAAGUGGGAUGAGGAAAAGGCUCACCUGCAGGAGGAGUUGAGGCUGGAGCAUGAGAUGGAGCUAAGGGCUAGGCUGCAGCAGGCAGAGGAAAGCUUUAAUGAAGAGAGGGAAAAACUCAUUCAAAAUGGUGCCUGGACAGAAGAGAAGGUGAGAAGCUUGACUCAGGAACUAGAACAAGUUCACCAGGAGCAGCUGAAAAGCCUGGUGGAGAAGCAUACUCUUGAGAAAGAGGAAUUGCAAAAAGAGCUCUUGGAAAAACACCAAAGGGAACUACAUGAGGGAAGGGAAAAAAUGGAAACUGAGUGUAAUAGAAGAACCUCUCAGAUAGAAGCCCAGUUUCAGGCUGACUGUCAGAAAGUCGCUGAGAGAUAUGAAAAUGCUCUGCGAAGUCUGGAGGGGCACUACCGCCGAGAGCUGAAGGAAGUCCUGGAACAACAGCGCGAGGAGAGAUCCCAGUGGGAGUUUGAGAAAGAUGAGCUCACCCAGGAGUGUGCAGAAGCCCAGGAGCAGCUUAAAGAGACUCUCCAGAGAGAGAAAGCCACUUCUCUGGUCCUGACCCAGGAGAGAGAGAUGCUGGAGAAAACAUACGAAGAACAUUUGAAUAGCAUGGUUGUUGAGAGACAGAAGCUACUCAAAGACCUGGAAGAUCUAAGAACUGUGUCUGAAAGUCAGCAAAGUCUGCUGUCCAGCCAGAUACUUGAGCUGAAGAGCAGUCACGAAAGAGAACUGAAGGACCGUGAGCAGGUCCUGUGCCAAGCAGGCGCCUCGGAGCAGCUGGCCAGCCAGAGGCUUGAAAGGCUCGAAAGGGAACGUGACCAGGAGAGGCAGGAAAUGAUGUCCAAGCUUCUGGCCAUGGAGAGUGUCUACAAAGUGACCUGUGAGAAAGCAGAUCGAGAGAGGGCUGAGAUGAGCACAGAAAUCUCCAGGCUUCAGAAUAAAAUUAAGGAAAUGGAGCAGGUGGGAUCUCCUCCCUCCAGGCUUCAGAAUGGCUGCCAGGCAAUGGGAAGGGAGGAAGUAGAAGGAAGUGGAGCCAUGUCCCUGCUCCAGCAAGGAGAGCAGCUGUUGGAAGAGAACGGAGAUGUCCUCUUAAGCCUGCAAAGAGCUCAUGAACGAGCAGUGAAGGAAAAUGUGAAAAUGGCAACUGAAAUUUCUAGGUUGCAACAGAGGCUGCAAAAAUUAGAGCCAGAGUCAGUAAUGUCUUCUUGUUUAGAUGAGCCAACUACUGGGUUUUUUGGAAAUUCCAUGGAACAAACAGAGCCAUUUUUACUGCCAAACCGAAUGAAACAAGCAGAAGGUGGAACCAUGCAGCACGUCCUAAGUGACCUGCAAGGCGAUGAGGUCCGGGAUCUGGAAAGUACGGGGACAAGCUCUGGUCAGGGACAGGAGGUCAGAAGAGAGGAGUCUGAAGCAUCAAUAGAGAGUUUUUCUGAGCUUGAAAAUAGUGAGGAGACCAGGACUGAAACCUGGGACCUAAAGAAUCAGAUUGGCCAGCUUCAGGAACAACUAAUGAUCCUACGUGCAGACUGUGAUCGAGCUUCUGAAAAGAAACAGGACUUACUUUUUGAUGUUUCUGUGCUAAAAAAGAAAUUAAAGACGCUUGAAAGAAUCCCUGAGGCUUCCGCCAAGUAUAAAUUGUUAUAUGAAGAUGCUAGGAGAGAAAAUGAGUGUCUCCAGGAAGAGCUGAGAGUGAUGGAGACGCGGUACGAUGAAGCACUAGAAAAUAACAAAGAGCUCACUUCAGAGAUGUUCCGAUUACAGGAUGAGCUAAAGAAAGUUGAAGAAGUGACUGAAACAUUCCUUAGCCUGGAAAAGAGUUAUGACGAGGUCAAAAGAGAAAAUGCGGAACUGCAUGUUCUGGUUUUGAGACUUCAAGACAAGAUGGAGAAGCUGCAAGAAAGAGCAGUGCUGCAGUAUGACUGCUUCUCCUUAUGGGAAGCCCAUUUAGAUAACCUGGAAGUCGGACCUGAUGAAAAGAUCCUUGAACUAAAUCAGACACCGGAAGAGUGUGUACCAAAGAUUAUGAAUGUACACCAUAUUAUAGAAGAACAUUGUCAAGAAAACCAGUACCUAGGGCAGGAGAAUACAGAGCUCUUAGAAAAAGUAAAAGCACAUGAAAUUGCCUGGCUACAUGGAACACUCCAGACACAUCAAGAAAAGCCUGGAGUACAGAACCAAGUAAUACUGGAGGAAAACACCACUCUCCUCAGCCUUCAGGACAAACAUUUUCAGCGCCAGGCCACAAUCACAGAGUUAGAACGGGAGAAAAAGAAGCUGCAGGAGCUGACUAGAAAGUUGAGGGAAAGAGUCACUGCUUUAGUUAAGCAAAAAGAUGUACCUUCUCAAGGAGAAAAGGAGGAAGAGCUGAAGGCAAUGAUGCAUGACUUGCAAAUCACGUGCAGUGAGAUGCAGCAAAAAGUUGAGCUUCUGAGAUAUGAAUCUGAGAAGCUUCAAGAGGAGAAUUUUAUUUUGAGAAAUGAAAUUACUACUUUAAAUGAAGAAGACAGCAUUUCUAACCUGAAAUUAGGGAAAUUAAAUGGAUCUCAGGAAGAAAUGUGGCAAAAAAUAGAAACCGUAAAGCAGGAAAAAGCUGCAGUUCAGAAGAUGGUUGAAAAUUUAAAGAAACAGAUUUCAGAAUUAAAAACCAAAAACCAACAGUUGGAUUUGGAAAAUAUGGAGCUUAGCCAAAAGAAUUCUCAAAAUCAGAAAGAACUGCAAGAAGUUAAUCAACGUCUGGCAGAAAUGCUAAGUCAGAAGGAUAAAGAGCCAGGACACAGUACAUGUGAGGAAUGGGAACAAGAGAAGUCUAAUCUAAAAGAAGAACUGGAACACUGUAAAGUGCAGUCUUCCACUUUAGUGUCUUCUCUGGAGGCAGAACUUUCUGAAGUUAAACUACAAAUUCAUAUUGUGGAACAGGAAAACCUCCUUCUCAAAGAUGAACUGGAGAAAAUGAAACAACUGCACAGAUGUCCCAAUCUCUCUGACUUCCAACAAAAAAUUUCUAGUAUUCUAAGCCACAAUGAAAAACUGCUGAAAGAAAAGGAAGCUCUAAGUGAAGAAUUAAAUAGCUGUGUUGAUAAGUUGGCAAAAUCAAGUCUCUUAGAGCACAGAAUUGCUACUAUGAAGCAAGAACAGAAGUCUUGGGAACACCAGAGCGAAAGCUUAAAAUCACAGCUAGUGGCUUCACAGGAAAAGGUUCAGAAUUUAGAAGACACCCUGCAGAAUGUAAACCUGCAAAUGUCCCGAAUUAAAUCUGAUCUACGAGUGACUCAGCAGGAAAAGGAAGCUUUAAAACAAGAAGUGAUGUCUCUACACAAGCAACUUCAGAAUGCUGGUGACGAGAACUGGGCCCCAGAAAUAGGCACCCAUCCAUCAGGAUUCCAUAACCAACAGCAAAGGCUGUCCUGGGACAAGUUGGAUCACCUGAUGAAUGAGGAACAACAGCUGCUUUGGCAAGAGAAUGAGAGACUCCAAACCGUGGUACAGAACACCAAAGCGGAACUCAUACACUCCCGGGAGAAGGUCCGUCAACUGGAAUCCAACCUUCUUCCUCCUAAGCUCCAAAAACAUCUAAACUCAUCAGGUACUGUGAAGCCCACAGAGCAGGAAAAGUUGAGCUUAAAGAGAGAGUGCGAACAGUUUCAAAAGGAACGAUCUCCUACUAAUAGGAAGGUUAGUCAGAUGAAUUCCCUUGAACGAGAAUUAGAAACAAUUCAUUUGGAAAAUGAAGGCCUGAAAAAGAAACAAGUAAAACUGGAUGAGCAGCUAAUGGAGAUGCAGCACCUGAGGUCCACUGUGAUGCUUAGCCCAUCCCCUCAUGCUUGGGAUCUGCAGCUGCUCCAGCAGCAAGCCUGUCCGAUGGUUCCCAGGGAGCAAUUUCUGCAGCUUCAAUAUCAGCUGCUACAGCCAGAAAGGAUAAACCAGUGCCUGCAGGAGGAACUUGAAAACAGGACUUCUGAAAUCAACACACCACAGGGAAACCAGGAACACCUGGUAACUGUCAUGGAGGAACGAAUGAUGGAAGUUGAACAAAAAUUGAAACUGGUGAAAAGGCUUCUUCAGGAGAAAGUGAAUCAGCUCAAAGAACAACUCUGCAAGAAUACUAAAGCAGAUGAGAUGGUGAAGGAUUUGUAUGUGGAAAAUGCCCAAUUGUUGAAAGCUCUGGAAAUAACUGAACAGCGACAAAAAACAGCAGAGAAGAAAAAUUACCUCCUAGAGGAGAAGAUUGCCAGCCUCAGUAAUAUAGUCAGGAAUCUGACACCAGCACCAUUGACUUCUACACCUCCCUUAAGGUCAUAGCCAAGCCAAAGGAUAAACACUCAUAGUUGUGCACUUUACUGAAAUGGAUGGAGCAUUUCAGUAUGUUCUCUCAACCGUUGUUUUUUGUGGGGUUUUUUUGGUUUUUUUUUUUUUAAACUUUAAUGGCUUAAAGUUAAGCCUAACGUAAAACUUCCAGCAACAGAAUUUAAAUCUCCAUUCAUUGUAAUUAGUUUUUCUAAAUAGACUAUAAUGGAAGUUGCAAACAAAUACAUAUUUCACUGUUUGAAUUAUUCCCAAGCUUUGAAUUUUUAAAAAUAUUCUAAUAGCCACCAAGAAGGUGAUACAAAAACAACUCAAGAAUCUUAAAACCCCAGUUUUGAAUGAAUUUUUAAAAACUACUAUUAUGUAUAAGUUUAUAUGUAAAUUGCAGAUAUUUAAAAGUUGAGAAAUUAUUAGCUGGCUGUUUUGAUCUUCAUUUUAUAACCAAAUGUACAUCUUCUCAUACAUUUACAUAUGAAAAAGUCAUUCCGUUUCUAAUAGUUCUGGUUUUUUGAAUUGUUAGACUUUGUUUGGUAAGAGAAGCUGGUAUUAAUAACCACUGAGGUCAGAAAUGCCAGAGUCCAUAGAACUCUACCUUCUAACACCUAUGACAGUAUUACCACUCUUUAUGUAUUACAGAUCUAAAACUCAUUUACUCAACUGCACUGUUAACUAAUGUUAAAACUUUACCUUCUUUAAACAGUCUUUUUCUUUUUUUUUUCCUUCUUAGAAGUUUCAUUUGGGAGCUUGUCUUCUAAGAAAUGGAUAAAGCCACAUUCUUAAAGCAUUUGAACUAUAGGGUAAGCACUGAACAAACUGCUUUGGAGUAAACAGCUACUCCUAGAAGAGAGAGAAGUAAACCAUGUGGGUUUUUCUCUCUCUAAAGUCUUGGAUUUCAUGAACUUAUAUUUGGGGUUGCCUCAAGAACUCAGGGAACAAUACUUUAAGACGUCUUCCUGAAAUACUGUAGGGCCUCGUUAAGAAUUGGAAAUGUAUAAACCAUGUGACCUUAUUUAUUUGUCAUAUAUUUAGAGCCAUAGUGGGAUUUUUAUUUCUACAUUUUUAGUGAAUUUAAUUUUCUGGAAAAAGGCCUUGAUUUUAGAGUUAAAAACCUCUUCUAACAUAUGGAAGAGUUAUUGUUUGCUUGUUUGUUUAAUAUAGGUCAAAAUUUCCAUGCUUCCUAUUCCUCUGCACCUCAAAUCUGAUCAUAAGAAUUUCUUACUGUGAUAAGCAUUCACAUGCCAUCUGAGGUAAAGGAGUGCCAAAUAGGAUUUUUCCAUUCAGUCUCAAGACUAGAACAUUAUAGAACAGUAAACAUUUUUGAAUAACUUUUUUCCCCAGGUAAAAUCUCUGCUUCUAGCCUACUUCAGCCAGGAGUUGGUUGGUAAAGAACUUACUCUGUGGGACACAAACAGAGCUCAUCACAGCCACCUAUUUGUUUUUGUGGAAGAGUAAUUAGAUCAGAAAAAUUCACUUUGAUAUAUUCCAGGAAAGCCAAGCCCAUCAAUUUAUAAGAGGUAUCACAGGAAAAUCAAACACUGCCUUAUGGGCAGGAAAAAAAGAUGAAGCAAACUGCUUAAGAAGCCACGUCAGAAACUCAAUAUCAACAAAAUAAUUUGCAUUGAGGAACUUUAGAGUUCCUUGGGCCUAACCAUAUACUAUUAGUCCUACCUGCCAACACAGGAGUCCUUGCUACAAGAGCCCUGACAAGGCAAGGUCAUUUGUGGGACUGGGAGUUCACGCUUCAGAAGCAGACUUUUUCACUUUUGAACAGCUCUAUUAUCAGAAAUUCCUGAUUUUCCCCUGGAAAAGAAUUAAUUUUAAUCCCUCCCUACAAUUAUACUUCAAAACAUUUGAUAUCUGCUGUCAUGCCUCCCCUAAUCAUUUUUCUCCAGUGCAAACAUUACUAGUAAACUCAACUACUUGUAUGGCAUUGACUUUAACACUUAAAACUGUGGAUAGGCCUAGGUUAAGGUCAUAAAUAAACUAAGCACCUGUGGUAUAUUUAUGUGAUAUGCUUUAAGUUAUUCAAGGUUUUUGCCAUCAAAACUGAACACCAAGCAUAUUUCUCAAAUAGAUGGCUUACCAUAUGAUCACACAUGUUGUAUUUUUUAUCUUAUUUUUUACAUUAUGAAAAGUAUAGAUUAAUUUGUUUCUUAUAAAUCUGUAUGUGUAUAUAAAGUGUUGUACAAUGAAUGUAAAUAUGACUUCUGGAAAAUUUUAGACUACAUUUAGAAUCCCUUUAUCUAAAAUCAAAAUGCUGCUCAAAUGAAAGUUAAUUUAACUAACACCUCGGUGCUUACUUCUUGCUUCACUGCACUCAUAAAAUUGGAAAAAAGAUCAAUACAAGAAAUAUAGUUACCUUAAAUUAUAUAUUUGUGCAGCAGAUUAUUUUUGUAGACUAGAGUGGGAAUUUAACUGCUAAUUUAUAAUAUAGCUUACAGCUUUUAAAAGGCCUUUUAAAGAGAUUAAAUGUAAACUAUUAAAUGUUUAGAUUUUGCUUUCAGACUUUAUAAUAGAACUCUUUACAGUCACCUUAUAUAUCUUAUAGGCAUUUAACUCCUCAUUUAUUAAAAGUACUGGUUGUUAAAUUCUCUUGAUUUCUUAAGAACAGUUAUUUAAAUUAGUCUUAGGAGAUAGGAUCUUCAUUUCAAGGAAAGAAAAUCAAGUUUGCCUUUGUGAUAAUGUUACCCUUGGAAAAGGAAAGUGUGGAUAAUAAAACCUACAUUGUUCUAUUUUGCUUUCUUCUGCUUUUUAGAAGCCUGAGCUAUUAAGUUCAAAUUUGUGAAGGAAGAGAAGUAGAAGAGGAGGGGUAGAACCAAUCACAGUAUUUAUUUUUCUAAAACUUAAUAAACCCAGAUUUUUUAAAAACUAUUUUGAAUAUGAAUUCUUCCCAGAAGCUUCAAAUGCAUUGUUUAUAUAUUUAACCUUAAACAUAAGUAGAUCACAGUCAUAGGCUUUCAAGGUUUAUGAGGAGUUCUUACAGGUCUAGUAUUUCAAUAAUGUACCAAUACCCAGGGCAGGUAUUAUGAUGAGGAACUUUUGUUUUUUUAAGAAUGAAUAAGACUUUAUGGUGGACUUUAACGUGUGAAAAUGAUUUUUUUAUUUUUGUGAUUUCUUUUUUCUGAGUAAAGGAAAAGAGAAAUGUGUUGCUAUUGUCAGCAUCUUAAAGGCAGUCUCACUCAAGGCAAGGCUAAGUGCUUCGUGACAGUAUUAAGCAAGUCUUGUUUUGAACGGAUUACCUAAUGACUCACUAGAAUGAUAUAAAUUAUACAAGUUAUGCCAAAACUAAGUCAAAACCUAAUAACCAAAGCAUUCCUUAUUUAAAACUCAUUCACUAUAUCGUGUUUGGACCUAUUCAAACAUCUCAGCCCUGUAAAACAGUUUUGGUUUUAUGACAUAUGGAUAGUGGUUUAAUAAUAAAUCCAAGUUAGCUUUUUGUUUCCCAGCUUUUUUUGAAUGAUAUACAUUAAAUCUAUUCUUAUUGGAAGACAUUAUCACAGCAUGAUUGAAGGGAACAUUGGUUUUAUAAAGGAAAACCCGAGUUCAUCGAUAGCCAUCACUAAGAUUCUUUUCAUGUAAAGAUUAAUGCUUAUGUGUUUAUAUCGACUUUGUAUAUUUCAUCUUAGCCAUUCUAUCCUAUAAAGAUUUUACCAUGAGCUUAAGAUGUAAAUAAAUAAUUUUGCAAACAUG